GUGCCGCCGCCGACGCCCAGCCGGGCCGGGACCUGGGCCGCGCGGUGCCAAGCGAGCGAGCGCAGCUGCGAAGCCGAGCAUGCGGGGCGAGCGGAGCAUGAGCCUCCCGCUGCAGAAGCGGUGCCUGUGCGUGGCCUUCCUGACGCUGCAGCUGCUGGGCCAGGCCUCAGCCGCUCCGCGCUGCCCCUCCCCGUGCCCGCGCCAGUGCCCCGCGCCGCCGCCCUCCUGCGCCCCCGGGGUGCGCGCCGUGCUGGACGCCUGCGCCUGCUGCCCGGUGUGCGCCCGCCAGCGCGGCGAGAGCUGCUCCGAGCUGGCGCCCUGCGACGGGAGCGGCGGGCUCUACUGCGACCGCAGCGCGGACCCCAGCAACCAGACGGGCAUCUGCAUGGUGCUGGACGGGGACAACUGCGUGUUCGACGGAGUCAUUUACCGCAGCGGGGAGAAGUUCGAGCCCAACUGCCAGUACCACUGCACCUGCCGGGACGGCCAGAUUGGCUGCGUGCCCCGCUGCCAGCUGGACGUGCUGCUGCCCGGGCCCGACUGCCCGGCUCCCAGGAAAGUGGCCGUGCCUGGGGAGUGCUGUGAGAAGUGGACCUGUGGCCCCCACGAGGAGGGCCUGACCAGCCUGGCCCUUCCAGCCUACAGGCCGGAAGCCACGGUGGGAGUGGAGGUGUCUGACUCCAGCGUCAACUGCAUCGAGCAGACCACGGAGUGGAGCGCAUGCUCCAGGAGCUGCGGCAUGGGCUUCUCCACCCGGGUCACCAACAGGAACCGCCAGUGUGACAUGGUGAAGCAGACUCGGCUGUGCAUGGUGCGGCCCUGUGAACCAGAGCCUGAGCAGCCGGCGGAGAAGAAGGGAAAAAAGUGUCUCCGCACGCAGAAGUCGCUGCAGGCCGUCCAUCUGCAGUACGAGAACUGCACCAGCCUGCUGGCCUACAAGCCCAGGUUCUGCGGAGUCUGCAGUGACGGCCGCUGCUGCACCCCCCACAAUACCAAGACCGUCCAGGUGGAGUUCCAGUGCUCGCCGGGGCAGACCGUCAAGAAACCAGUCAUGGUCAUCAGUACCUGCACCUGUCACACCAACUGUCCCAAGAACAACGAGGCUUUCCUCCAAGACCUGGAGCCGAAGAGCAGCACAGGGGAAAUAUAAGAAACACCCACAGCGGCAAACUCCAGCUGCUGCCGACUCACCAUUGAGUGAAGAAAACUUGUCGCAUCCUUCAGUCCUGUGUAUUUUUGUGUGAUCCUAUGAGGUCACUUGUAUCUGUCUUUGGUUUAUUGAGAGAUAUUCGAACUGUAACUCGGAGUCAAGGGAAGCUCAGGAUGUGGCUUAGGGAUGACUUACUUGCCUGUGGUGUUUAUUAUCAAAUGCAAAAUUCCAUACACUUAAGAAGCCAGAUACAUGACUUCCUGUGUAGACUGUAGCAUGUGACACUAUCCUGUUUCAUGGUGCAAUAGUGCCAUUCUAAGAUGUCGCUGUACAGAGUGACACGGUGAGGUCUAGGAUCACACAGAACGUGUCUUCGCAUAGAUACUACCCCAUGUGUGGAGGUCUGGCUUGUUGGGUCCCCACUGGGCUCCCUUUGGUACAGGCCAGCUCUAUCCUUGAAGCCCAAGACCCAGGGAAGCAUACGACUCUGUGUUGAGACUAUCAAUUGUACCAGCCGAGCGCUGGGAGACGCGCUGUCUGCAAUGAUCCAAUGUUUGUUAACAAAGUGGACGGAUGUUGGGACUUUCUCCAUUUCAAAUAAAUUGACUCCUUUCCCCUAGAAAGAAGCACAAUAGUAGACUCCCGAUCCGUAAAUGACGGGCCCUCGUGGCUCUCGUCCUCUCUAUCCUGUAGGCGGCCAAGGCUCACUAGUUUUUUCUUUAAUUCAGCAGAAGCAAAUGAUAUCAGGAGGGAUCUCCUCAUCAGUACUUAAACUGAGACCCAAAGCACUUGGUUGCAACCUUUCACAUGUGCUUUAUGUGGAAUUUUGAAAAAAAAGCAGAGGUAAGAAACAAAAUCAACUUGAUCGUGAUGAUGACAGACCACAAAUUUUGUGAGUGCUUAGAACUACUUAGACAUGCUCCAAACAUAUCCUUAGGUUAUAAUUAUGAAAAGUCCUGAACAAGAUAUACAUAUACAUACAUGCACGUAUCUACUAGCUCAGGCUUACAAGACAGCCUGCAAAAUUAAAUCUGUUCAUUCCCCAGUGUUACCAUAUGUGUUCCAUUUUUUUCUCCUUUAAAGUAUUUAUAAAAAUAUAAAUUAUGCAUUUUGUAAAAUACUCCUUUUAAUGUCUCUACUUGUCAGACACAGCCCAAAAGAGCACGGUAUUGUUACCCGUGUGUGACUCUGUUAACCCUUUUGUGCUUCCAAGUUUGGUAUGGUUAUUUACGGAAAAUAAAAAUCUAUGAACUGAAUAAAGCAUCAGUCAGUGGCA